CAUGCGCACCACCUGCUUCCGGCCCGGGAACUAAGUGUUCCGGUCUUUCCCGCCCGAGUGGAUUUCUUUUCCCACUUUCCUCGGCCUGGUUUUCUAUGUGCUAUGGCUCGCGACUCCGGUCUCUUGUCCGAAGGUCCGCUCUUAAAGUUGCUACCCUUGGACGCUAGAGACCGGGGUACCCAGCGCUGCCGCCUGGGCCCGGCUGCCCUCCGCGCCUUGGGCGCGCACUUGGGCUCGGCGGUGAAGGUCUCGCUGCCUGACGGUGGUUCCUGCCUCUGCACUGCCUGGCCUCGGCGGGACGGAGCGGACGGCUUCGUGCAGCUGGACCCGCAGUGCGCGAGCCCCGGGGUAGCAGUAGGGGCGCCAGAGUCCCGGGGGAGUCUUAGCCUGAGCCGCCUCCUCCUGGUACCCUGCCCGCCCCUACGGCGCCUCACGGUGUGGCCGGUGUUGCGGGAGCGGGCAGGGGCGUCCGGUGCCCCAGACCCGGCCGUGGUACUGGAGACGGCGCAGGAGCUGCUGAGGAACCGGCCCAUCUCCCUAGGCCACGUGGUGACCGCUCCGCCGGGCACUCCCGGCCCGGUGAGCGCCCUUCACAUAGUCGGCGGAUCCCCUAACCCCAAUCCUGCUGGGCUGGUCACCCCUCGCACCCGCAUCGACCUUUGCGGGGAGGCUCCGUCGGACGCUCAUCCGCUGCCCAAGGUGCCUCUGGGGGGUCUUUCGGAGGCUGCAGAUUCGCUGCGGGAGCUCCUCUGCCUACCACUCCGCUAUCCUCGCGCCCUGGCCACGCUAGGGCUAGAGGUGCCCCGCGGGGUGCUUCUGGCGGGUCCCCCCGGAGUAGGCAAGACCCAGCUGGUGCGGGCGGUGGCACAGGAGGCGGGCGCGAAGCUGCUGGCAGUAAGUGCUGCCGCGCUGCAGGGCUCUCGGCCUGGGGAGACCGAGGAGAACGUGCGACGGGUCUUCCAGCGUGCCCAGGAACUGGCCAGUUGCGGGCCUACCCUUCUCUUCCUGGACGAGGUGGACGCCUUAUGUCCCCGGCGGGGCGGUGCACACCGAGCCCCUGAGAGUCGCGUGGUGGCACAGGUGUUGACGCUGCUGGACGGCAUCGGUGAGGACCGCGAGGUGGUGGUUGUAGGAGCCACCAACAGGCCUGACGCACUAGAUCCAGCGAUGCGCAGACCCGGGAGAUUUGACCGAGAGGUUGUCAUCGGAACUCCCACACUUAAACAAAGAAAGGCUAUUCUGCAAGUGAUUACCUCAAAGAUGCCCAUCUCCAGUGGUGUUGAUUUGGAGCUUCUUGCAGAAAUGACAGUUGGCUAUGUUGGCGCUGACCUGACAGCACUCUGUAGGGAGGCUGCCAUGCAUGCUCUCCUUUAUAGUGAGAAGAAUCAGGACAACCCUGUGAUUGAUGAAACAGACUUCCUCGAAGCUUUUAAAAAGAUUCAACCCUCAUCAUUACGAAGUGUCGUUGGACGGAUGGACAUCAAGCCUGUUGGGUGGGAGCAGAUUGGUGGCCUUGACGAUAUAAAACUGAAGUUAAAACAGAGCAUUGAGUGGCCUCUUAAAUACCCUUGCGAAUUUGCUAGAAUGGGCCUGACACAACCAAAAGGAAUUCUCCUCUAUGGGCCCCCUGGAUGUGCUAAAACCACUCUGGUUAGGGCCUUGGCCACCAGCUGUCAUUGUUCUUUCAUUUCAGUGAGUGGGGCUGAUCUCUUUUCACCUUUUGUUGGAGAUUCAGAAAAAGUCUUGUCUCAGGUUUUUCGACAAGCAAGAGCAAAUACUCCAGCCAUUGUGUUUUUGGAUGAAAUUGAUUCUAUCUUGGGAGCUCGGUCAAUCAGCAAAACAGGAUGUGAUGUUCAAGAGAGAGUUCUUUCUGUUCUCCUCAAUGAAUUAGAUGGUGUUGGACUUAAGACAAUAGAGAGAAGAGGAAGUAAAUCAAAUCAACAGGACAUGCAAGAAAUUUUUAGUCUAAAUGUCAUGAUUGUUGCAGCAACAAAUAGACCUGAGGUGUUAGAUGAUGCCUUGUUACGACCUGGAAGACUAGAUAAGAUUAUCUAUAUUCCACCUCCAGACCAAAAGGGCAGACUUUCUAUUUUAAAAGUCUACACAAAAAACAUGCCGAUAGGACCUGAUGUCUCUUUAGAAAACCUAGCAGAAGAAACUUGUUUUUUUUCUGGAGCUGAUCUUAGAAACCUCUGCAAAGAAGCUGCCUUGCUGGCCCUGCAAGAAAAUGGACUAGAAGCAACCGCAGUGAAACAGGAGCACUUUCUAACAACACUUAGGACUGUAAAACCAUCCUUAAGUCCCAAGGACUUGACUUUAUAUGAAAACUUAUUUAAGAAAGGAUUUUCUGACUUAGAAGAUAUUUAAAAAUUACUUUAUACCCUUGUUCAAUUGUUCACACUAGGUGAAAUGUGAACUUGAUAAUAGUUUGCAACUUAAUACUUUUAGAAUUUUUGUUUCCUGUAAAUAAAAAAACUUGUGCCUUAUUAUUUCUCAUAUUCUCAUAUUAUUUCUAAAAGCUAUAUAAAAUACUGU